GGGAUAAAGUUGGCGCAUGCGUAUUAGUAUGCGGGCGGUGCACGUGACUUUGUUUACGGCGCGGCGCGGCCGGCCGGAUCGUGUAAUAGUCCUAUUCGGGCUUUUCCCGGGGCAAUGCCCUUUUUAUUAGCCUCCACUACAAAAUAGCGGCAAACGGAGAAAUGCGUGAUCUAACCAGCAGGGAAUCCAAUGGCUACUUUCACACUACUCCCCACAUUAGUGGUUCUUCUGUCGAAUUUGAGACCCCUCGCAGCUAAUUGGGCUGCAUUGAACGCCACUGGUGAAAUACCCGUGUACAUCGGACAGCAUGUGAUACUCAAGUGCUCCGGCCCCACCAGAAAUCCAGUUCAGCUGCUGGAAGUUGGACGGCAAAUGACGUUUGAAGAACUCGCCUACUAUGACGAUCUUCCUCCAUAUGUCAACUCCCUGCACUAUGUACCAGAAGGAUGCAAUCUUCCUUCAUCACCUGAAAGCACCCCCAACUGUUCCAAACUGGUGAACCUGACAGUCACUCCUGAUGUUGAUGGAAAAUCUUACAAAUGCCGCAGCCUGGAUAGGCAAAACAAUACUGACGACUACAGUGCAGAAGGCACAGUAAAGGUUAGAGAGUUAAUGCCAACCUCCACAAUCAUGUCCACUGCCAGUGUAACUCCAAGCCCAGCUACCACGAGUGAAAUGUCUUCCCCAACAAUUGAUGCUGAUCCAAGCCCCACUCAAACACCAAUAGUCAGUGGAGAUUGUCCAGUCAGAUGUCAUUAUCAACUGACUAUAGCUCUUCUGUUGUCUUUCUUUCUCUUUCAUUAAUGUAAUGUGACCAAUAUUUCAAUCUUUACACUUUUCCAUCUCUAUAAAUCCUUUUGUAUAACUACCAUAAUUAUUUCUAUUUUUAUGCUACAUCAUUUUCAUUGGGAAUGGUAUAUACCACCAAAAUAAUAAAUAUUUUGCAUGCAUACAGUAGCAAGUAAAAGUAACUUUGCACAAGUUAAAUACUGUGUGUUUGUGUGGACAAAGGGAAUUCACAUUUUGUGUGUUAUCACCAUGAAUAUUAUGAGGGAACUUUUAUGGGGAAGAUACCUAGUGGAGUCUCCAUGAUAGGCAUACA